AUGGGACAGAGGCACCCAGGCUUUUCUUGGAGUUUACCAAGUGGUAGCCUGAACUCAUGCCAGCGGAAUAAUAUGAGACCCCAGGGACAAGGAGCUCCAGGAUUUCAGAAUCAGCAGAGGCAGCAAUACCAUCCUCUACAGUCUAAUCAGUCUAGCAUGGAAUAUCUAAUGAAAGAUCUCAUUAUUAAAACGGAUGAGAGAUUGGAAACUCACGGUGCAUCUAUUCGAAACUUAGAGAGGCAAGUGGGGCAGAUUGCUAGUCUGUCAUCUGAGAGGUCUCCAGGAACCCUCCCUACGGAUACCGAAAGGAAUCCAAAGGAAAUAAUAAAUGCAGUGUUGUUGAGGAAUGACAAAGUAUUGCAAAAUCCGUUGGUAGCAGAGAAGAUGCUCAAGCAGGUAAAUGUGAAUAUACCUUUCAUGGAGGUGCUUUCACAGAUGCCAGCUUAUGCUAAAUUCUUGAAGGAGAUAUUGUCCAAAAAGCGAAAAGUGGAAGAGACAUCGAUUGUCAAGCUCACAGAGCAUUGUAGUGCCAUUCUGCAAAAUAAGCUCCCUCAAAAAUGUAGAAAUCCAAGGAAUUUUACUAUACCUUGCUCGUUAGGAAGCACUAAAUUUAAAAAUUCUUUGUGUGAUUCAAUUGCUUCUAUUAUUCUUAUGCCUUUGUCUAUUUUCAGGAAAUUAGAGGGAGAUAUUAGAGAAAUCAGGUCGAUACUUGUGUCCUUGCAGCUAGCGGAUCAUACCACAAUCAUACCUGAAGGAACAGUGGAAGAUGUGCUAGUUGGGGUGGAUAAAUUGGUGUUCCCUAUGGACUUCAUUGUGGUGAACAUAGAGGAGAACUGGGAGAUCCCUCUGAUUUUAGGAAGACCCUUCUUGGUUACGGGUACAGCAAUUCUGGAUAUUCAGGAAAGGCAGCUCAUGCUUAGAGUGGGAGAGGAAAGGCCGAUCUUCAAGAUGGAAGGAGAAAGGGGGUCCCAAAAGGAGCAACUUGGAGAGAGUAAAAUAAAUAAGUGUAGAGUGUACCUAGAAAAGGCCGAAAAGAAGCUCUCAACAUGGAUGUGUGCAUUGGGUCGGGCAUGCAAAUGA